GAAUGAAACGACUUGAGAAUCCAAGAACGUGGGAAAGAAAUCAGCUGUGAAGAAACACGAAGAUGACGAGAAUGGAUGUGGCGCGCCUUGAAGAGAAUGGAUUUGAAGAACCCAACAAUGGGGAAGAACUUUCAUGGGAUGAUCUGGAGAGAGAAGCUGCUAGUAAUAUAUCGUCUAAAAGAUCUCAGGCCGGGAGAUCGCACCAGCAAGACUCUUCUAGAAAAGGUGAUGAACUUUCUGGUGACUUGUAUGAACUGUGGAGGCAAGAACAGAACAGCAUUGCCGCAAGACUAGACAAAGAGCUUAAAUCCAGGUGGGAACUAGAUGAACUGAUUGAAGAACAACUGAGCAGAUACCAGUCCCAUUACUACAAGUCCAUGGUUUCAACGUCCUUAAAAGAUGUCUCUAACCUCGUCCUACCCACGUGGCUACCGCCUCAUGAGCUAGCUGCCGUGGCCUGGCUUGGAGACUGGCGUCCCACCUCCAUUCUCGACCUUGUCCGCAUUCUGGCCGCUCAUAACCCCUCCUUCUCUCUGUCUGAGUCGAGUGAACGUGUGCUCUCUCAGCUUCUCCGUGAGAUACGCAUCGAGGAGGCCGUGAUCGAUGAGGAGUAUGCAGAAAUUCAGGCCACCUGUGUCCUGCACCUUCCUUUUUCCCCGCUCUGCAAUACUCGGUCGCAUGAAGAAGCUCUGCGUUCUGUGCAGGAGCUGUUUGGGAACAUCCAUAAAGUCAUCUCAAAGGCACAACGACUCAGGUAUAAAGUGUUGGAGCUGGUGAUGAAGAAGCUUCUGAAUCAAACGGAUACAGCCGAGUUCGUGGUCGCAUUUGCAGGGAUUCAAGACGCCAUCCACCAGUUUGGAGAGCAGAAGAAGCUAAGAAAGUAUUACCCAGCAGUUCCUUCACCUCUGAAGGGAUCAGGAUCAUCUACACAGCAGCGAAAAAUGGUGUUGGCGGAGCUCGGCGGCCGGAUAACCCGCGCUAUACAGCAGAUGAACAAUGUGACAAUAAUCGAUGAAAAGGCUUUGAAUGAUUGCUUAAACGAGAUAACUCGCGCUUUGCUCCAGUCCGAUGUUUCUUUUCCCCUUGUGAAAGAGAUGCAGACCAAUAUUAAGAAGAUCGUUAACCUCGACGAUCUAGCAGCUGGCCACAACAAACGGCUGAUCAUUGAGCAGGCUAUCUUCAAUGAACUCUGUAGGAUGCUGGAUCCAGGAAAGCCUGCCUUUGCCCCCAAAAAGGCCAAACCUAGUGUAGUUAUGUUCGUUGGGUUACAAGGUGCUGGAAAAACCACAACAUGUACCAAGUAUGCUUACUAUCAUCAGAAGAAAGGGUACAAAACAGCUCUAGUGUGUGCGGAUACUUUCAGGGCCGGUGCUUUCGAUCAGCUCAAACAGAAUGCCACCAAGGCUAAGAUCCCCUUUUAUGGAAGCUACACGGAAUCCGAUCCUGUGAAAAUUGCUGCUGAGGGAGUUGAUAGGUUCAAGAAAGAAAAAUGUGAUCUUAUUAUUGUUGACACCAGUGGUCGCCAUAAACAAGAAGCUUCUCUCUUUGAAGAAAUGCGUCAAGUUGCUGAAGCAACGGAACCAGAUCUUGUUAUAUUUGUUAUGGAUAGCAGUAUUGGUCAAGCUGCAUUUGAUCAAGCUCAAGCAUUUAAGCAAACUGUAUCUGUUGGAGCUGUUAUUAUUACUAAGAUGGACGGCCAUGCCAAGGGGGGUGGUGCUCUUAGCGCUGUAGCAGCUACAAAAAGUCCUGUGAUAUUCAUUGGAACAGGAGAGCAUAUGGAUGAGUUUGAAGUGUUUGACGUCAAACCAUUUGUCAGCCGUCUCCUAGGAAAGGGUGAUUGGUCUGGACUCGUGGAUAAACUACAAGAGGUGGUACCUAAAGAUCUACAGCAUGAACUUGUAGAAAAUCUCUCUCAGGGUAACUUUACGUUGAAAACUAUGUACGACCAGAUCCAGUGUUCUCUGCAGAUUCCUCUUAAACAGCUUUACUCGAUGCUGCCUGAAAUUAGUGCUGAAUUGAUGCCGAAAGGACAUGGUGACGAAAGCCGAGUGAAGAUGAAGCGAUACAUGACAAUGAUGGAUUCUAUGACAAAUAAAGAACUGGACAGCUCAAACACAAAGGUGUUUAACGAGUCAAGGAUAAUGCGGAUAGCGAGAGGGUCAGGGAGGUUAGUAAGAGAAGUGAUGGAGAUGUUGGAAGAGUACAAGAGGAUAGCAAAGACUAUGAAAGGGAUCAAGAUCCCAAAGAAUGGAGACAUGAGCAAGGUCAUACCGCCUCAGAUGCUAAAACAGAUGGGCGGCAUGAGCGGUCUGCAGAGUCUGAUGAAGCAGAUGGGUUCGGCUAAGGACAUGAUGGGAAUGUUUGACAAGUAGUUUCUAUCUUUCUUGCUCAAAGUGCACGGAGGUCACUGGUGAAACUUUGUUUACAUAUACAUUGUAAGAAAAUCGAUUUAUAUAA